GCCCCAGGGAAUGGAAGUGGUCCAAAUUGGGUCUACGUUCCCCUAAACGAAAGACUGCAUUUCCUAAACCGAGCAGCCAGGUCCGUUCCCAGCACCAAGUCCGGUGCCCAUGCCCAAGGGUGUUACGAAUGAUAUCGACGUCGAAAAGCAUAGCUGAUCGCUGAUUGGUGGCCGGCCGGGGAAGGAGCAACAUUGUUCCUGCCAUGCGCGGCGCGGGCUUCUUUGUAUACAUAAAAGUCCAAGCUUUUCGAGGCGGCGCGCAGUCUUCGAGACAACCAAAUACCGCGCAAACGCCCACCAUGUCUGACCGGGAGUUUGGCGGCAACGACGACCUGUCGUUGCCAAAGGCGACCGUGCAGAAGAUUGUGCAAGAUAUCCUGGCGACAGAACCCGGCAUGACAUUCGCGAAAGAUUCACGAGACCUGCUCAUAGAGUGCUGUGUCGAGUUUAUCACACUCAUCUCCUCCGAAGCCAAUGAAAUCGCCGAAAAGGACGCAAAGAAGACAAUAGCCUGCGAGCACGUUAAGGCAGCGCUCGAGGAGCUGGACUUUGGCGAGUACGUUCCUGCGAUUCUUGAGGUCGCGCAAGACUACAAGAAGCAGCAGCAGAAUCGCGAGAAGAAGCAGACCAAGAUCGAGCAGAGCGGCAUGACUGAGGAGGAACUCAUCCGCGCGCAAGAAGAGCUGUUCCGCUCGGCUACGGACAAGUUCAACUCGGCGCCAUCGUAGUGCGAGGCAUCUUAAUGAAUAAUACGAUACAGGCUGCGAGGCGUUGAGGGCGUUGACCACACAGGUCUCUGGACGGCGUUUGGGACAUAGAUUGGGCACAUGAAGGCAUUCAGUUCGGCAUCGGCGGGCCGCAAUUCUACAAAGAGCUGCAAGACAGCCAACAUAAUACUACAUGGCAAAAGCCUCUCAAAG